AUGCCAGAGUCACACUCGGGUGACCCUCGAGUCGAACACGAAAGUACGAUGUUUGACCGUUUACUAAAGAGAUCUAAAGAAAAAGAAAAAGAAAAAGAUAAAGAAAAAGAGAAAGAUAAGGAUAAGAAAUCUGACAACAACAGCAACAAUAAUAAUAAAGGAAAUGUAGAUAAUAACAAUAGCAAUAAUAAUUAUAAGAAUAAUAUAACAACAAUUCCAAUACCAACAACACCAUUUUCAAAGACAAAUAAUAAUAAUAAUAAUAAUAACAAUAGUAAUAAUAAAAAUAAUGAGGUUGGAUAUCUUGAUAUUCCUGAUAUGGUAAUCAAUAGUAGACUUGGUAGCGCUAAAAAUGGAUCACCAUCACCAUCGCCUUCACCGGCACUCACACCACUACUCAAUGUACCACCACCAACAACAACAUCAAAAGUAAAGUCUGGCAGUGCAGCUGUUACUAUCAACAAUAACAACAACAACAACAAAACACCACAACUACAGGUGGAAACAACAGCUUCAUCUUUCACAGACAAACCACACUCACUUCUCAAUCAUACACUACAACAACAACACGACAGAGAACAGUCAGCAGCUACAGGACAAUCACACCUCAAAGUGCCAUCUCCACUCUCCUCACCGGUGCACAGACGUAACACCAUUGACAAUGGCUACGGUUACUCUCUCAGCGGACAACUCACCCUCGAAAGAUCACCAUCCUACGAGCAAUCGAUGCGCGCAUUAUCACCAUCGCUCUUUUCCUUCAUCAGUCCUGACGAACUGAUGAAGAGAGCAUUCAGUAUACAUCUCAAACGACGUGACCUACUCAGCAUCGACGCAAAACAAACACCGAAACUCUACAACAUCUCCGAACCACAACUACCGAUAUACUAUAGACCAAAAGUUACAACACCAUCAUCUAUAUUAGAAGAAGAUCAUUAUGAAAUAAUAUGGGCUUGGUUACCACAUAAAUAUUGUAUAUGUGAUCCUAAAGUUAUAUUCAAUUCAAACAACGAUGGAUUUAAUCUACGAUUGCUCUGUGAGAGAGUAGAGAAUCAAUCGCCUAUCUUUAUCUUUAUACGAACACACAAAGGAGAUGUAUUUGGUUUCUUUACUGAUGACGAUCUAACACCGUCCGAUACAUUUGGAUCACAUGAUACAUUUGUAUUUAGUUUGAAACCACAUGUAGGUGUAUAUAAACCGAAUAAUAAGAAUGAAUUGUAUUUAAAGGUUACUAGUGGUGCGAAUAGAGAUCUCUGGGUUGGUCAAUCUCAGUUGGGUGAACAUGCAAUUCAUUUGGAUAGAGAUUUGAACGGUACUAGCAGUUGUUGUGAAACCUUUGACAGUCCUUGUUUAUGUUCCGAUACAAAGUUUACUUGUGCAACAUUAGAAGCAAUUACACUAGUAUAA